UUAGAACAGCCCGUUCACUUGAAAGCGGGGUAAGCAGAGAUUGGUAUCUCGAGCGGAGAGGUCGAGCGUCGCGUGUACCGUCCGACCGGGAAAGCAAAUGAAAUUGUCACCGUGAGUGAGCGAGGCAGAGCGAGGCAAAGGUACGGAAGCCCCAGGCCGUGGUCCCGGUGGCAGCGAAUUAGAUGCAAUUAGAGGAAGGAAGGAGAUCAAGGAGAGGCAGGAGCUUUCAGCAUGACGUAAAAGCAGCCGAUAUUCAUGAGAAAACACUGGAAAACCUUACGUCCAGGCGGAUCCCCUUUCUCAUUCAAAACAGCGUGAAAGAAACGCCCGAGAACGGGAGAGGGCCCUCUCGCAUUUAAAUACGCAACGUGUCUCGUGAACUUUUAGACGCCUACGGGCGCACGACUAAUUAACUAUUAAACGAGGAGCAGGGGAUGAUUUUCUCGCCCGACACGCUCCAUGAAAUCUCCUGGAAACGAUCUAAACGCGUCGUUGAAGAAUUCAAUCGUCGAUUCCUCCAAGGAAGAGAGCCCCUUCGACUUUUCCAAGCGGAAGAAGAGCAGAUCCGUUUCGUUGGAAUUCCAUUCGACGAAGGCAACACCUGGAAUUAUUAACGGUUCGGGCGAAACGAAAGCAAUCUCGAUUCCCGGAACCUUCGGUGGGAAUAAGAGGUACAGCGAAUCGUCGAGAUAAUACUACUUGCGCGUUUUUGAGAGAAAGAUCGCUCGAGGGAGAAGGUUUUCCGGCGGCGGUGAAAGGGAACUCGUCUGGUAACGAUAAAUCGUUGGGCCUGACGAGCGCAUAGUUAAUAGGAAAUAGAGCUUAAAUUUUAGAGUGAGUUCUAGAUAAAGCAGCGACCCUAACGGCGCAAAAGAAAUUUGUUUGCAAAAUAGUCGGGAUCACCGGUCUCGUUAGUUUCUGGAAAUCUCCGUAAUCGGUUGUCCCGCGGAAAAUCGUAGGAUUACUUAGUACCUUCUCGAAAAAGAAAGGAUCUCUCAGGAUGGAAUGCUCUUUGUCUCCCAGACGAUAGCAAAACGGACCAUGGCUCGAACGUAGAUAUAAAAAAAAAAAAAAAAAGAGAGAGAAAAUACAGGUCAAACACGGCGUGUCCAUCGUUCGAAAGAAGAAAACGAUUCGAAAAGUUAGCUUACUUUGUAACGCUGGGAAACUAGAGCGAGGGAUCACCGUGUAUGUUCAGGAAAAUUACUCUCCGUCGAGGGAAAAUUAAAUACCGAGAGUCUGCAAAUCUCUGGAAUCCGAGUUAAGUAGAAAAUUGUACGACUCGCUGGACGGUUCCGAAAGGAUAACCUUCGCUGGGAAGAAGGAUACGGCUCCGUUUUUCUAACCGGCGAGAAAAAGGAAUUCGACGGGCGCGUAGCCGAGAGGAAAUUGAGCUUGCAUUGUCAAAAAGAGCAAAAAUCGCUUCGCUUUGGAACACUGGAAAAUUGGAACAGGAUAUUACUACGUUCAUUAAGAGCAGACUCCAUCGACAGGAAAUCGGAUAGUGGAACUCUGGAUGUCUCCGAGGUCGGCACACAAGAAUCCGAAAAGAAGAGCGAAUUUUCUCUCUUGUUUUCGGAAAGAACGAAACGCCAUUACAGUUAACAAAGAGCCGAGCUUAAAUUAGAAGGCGAAAGGCAUUUGUCUUCCUUCGAGACAGCAGAUUAUUACGUUGAGUAAGCUCCAUUGAAAGAAUAUCGGACAACAGAACCCUGAAGAUCCCUGUGAGACCAAGGUAAACACAAGUGUUGUAGGAGUUGCUGUACUACUUCGAGUACCUAUCGUUCUUUGAAAGGAAAGAUUAACGGGUUCGUUAAACGGAUCUCAUCGACGCAUUAAAUAACGCGACUGUGAACAAGAUUCCGAAGAAAAUAAAACGAAAGAGAGAAAACAAAACUGGAAUUAAGAAGAAGCUAAUCGUCAAUUUCACCGAAUAAAAGGUAUCUUUUUUUUCAAACUACGAGUCACCCAGAAUUCGACCUGAAAUUUCACGAACGCGGCAAGAUUCAGAAAGAAGCAACCCUCUCGGGAGGAAGGAGUCCUCUCUCGUUUUUCAAAACGGUGGACACUAACACACGAAAAACGGCGAACCAUUACGGCGUCCACUAUACGGGCUCGUACGCGUACAGCAACGGGGCACCGAGCGUCUACAGCAGCUACCCGACGAACGCCGGGUUCGCCCAACAUCAUCUCCAUGAAGACUACAGGCCGAUUUACUUUUACGUAGCGCAGCCGUACACUAUCCCGUACACGUUCGCGAGGAGACCCAGGCCGUCGUCCCUCCUCAGGCCGGGCAAGCCUCGGAGCAACUGUCGCGUGAAGUUCUCCAAGAAGCUCGGCAACGCCGACUUCUCGCAGAAGGUGAAGCAGGGCGAGUUCUCGAGGAGCCUGAGCCAGGUGCACUUCGUGGAGAGCCAGGGACAAGUGAUCUCGAACUAUCCGAAGGCUGGGCCGACGUCGCGUGACCCAAGGAUGACGUCCAUGUUCCGACGGGGCACGAUCUUCGCCACGUUCUUCCUAUCUUUGCUCGGCGGAGGACUCGUCUGCGCCGCACUCGUAACGCAACACUGGGUCGAGGCUCGACCCCUCAGGACGCCCAAUCCCCAGGAAAGCUCUGGCAGGGUUCACUUUGGCCUUCUUCAAGGAAAAAAGGAGCUGAACGUCGCCUACGGAUGGAGGACCUACCACAUUUCUGUGCCUGAAAUGAUCAGACAGGACCCAACGGUGAUGUCCUGGGGACUCUGGAUCAGCACUCUGACGACGACCUCGGCGGCCCUCGUCACCGCUGGCCUCGCCGCGCUUCUCGCUGUGUUGAACACUGCCACGUCGCCUAGGUCAAAAAUCCUCUCCGAUCCAGGGGUAUACUUCAUAAAUAUUUUAACGCUCUUAAUGUGCCUCGCGAGCACGAGCACUUGGCUGGCGCAGUAUUACACGAAGCUGUACUUCAACGUGCUGCCGAAGGAGGACAUCGACAAUAUGUGGACCAGCGAAGGUUCCGCUGAGCUCGGUUAUUCGUUUUGGCUCGUUGUGUGCGCCGGUGUGGUGCAUUUAAUCAGCAUAGCACUGGUUGGCUGGGGCUCAGGACGAGACAAAAUCGAACGUCUCGAGGCGAUUCCUGCCCUGGAAGAGAAGACCGCCGCGGCAAUAAUGCUGUAUUAAGUCCAAGGAUUCACGGUGCGAUGACUCAAGGAGAGAUCCAUCACAGAAAUGAAACGGCGCUCGCGUCGUUAGCGAAAAGCAAACUUCGAUGUUUCCGCUGUUCGACGACGUAUUUCGUAAAGUUCCUACAUGUUUGCUGGCCCAUUUAGCGCUGCGGCGUCUGAACUGUGAACACGUUAACGGAAUUAGCAGUAAACCACGGACGAAUGUUGUUAACGGUCGAGAUCAAGGUUCCGAGAAUUUUUACGUAAUACCAAAGCGUAAAAAGUUCCGAGAUUCGAUAAGAUUUCAUGGGAGAAUUUGUUACGUGUAAAGAUAUACGUAGAGCGAGAUUUGAUCGCGGAACAUCGAAAUUAAGGUAAGGAAUUCGACCGUGAACGAUAGACGAAUUCGCGAAGCAAUUACUUUUGUAAGAUGCAAUCUUCGGUGGAAUGUUUCGUUCGGUAAACAUGUAAUCGCGGUGUUUCUAAAACCGCUAAGGUAAUCGCGUGUGGAUAUCAGAGCGUGCAGUUGACGAGUGUUUCUGUUAUGAACACUGUGAAAUGGACGUUGUAGAAUGAAUUCGAAAUCAUAAGUGUAUAUUACGUAUCGUUAUACUAUGUCACAAUUUUCAGUAAUAAAGUCGAUGGACAUCUCAAUGUGGACGUUUAAACGUAUCAAACGACACGAUUGCGACUUGUAGUAUAAUAAUCUGAAUACUCUAGUUAGUUGUGUAUCUUUCGUGCAUCGUAUGUCUUGCCUUUCACGCUUGCCGGUCAAAAAUGGCUGCUCAAGGGCAUCGAAGGUUAUUCGGUUACGCUGCAAUUCUAACCUCUGGUCUCGGCGUGUCAAGCCGAUAUCCGAGGCGAGCAAAACUCGAAUAAAAUUUUGGCCAUUUUUUGUUUGUAAAAGGAGUCGACUCGUUUAGACGAUCUUCUUGCAUCGAAACUUCGUCUUCGAUCGUUCGUACGAACGAUAAAAGUUGGCUUACGGCUUUGCGAAUUUUCUAUCAACUAAGUCUCGUGUAGGAUGUAAAUAGAAACGGAGUUUGAUACUCUGUAGUGAUUUAUUUAUUACGUAGUAUUGUAAUUGUUAACUAUAUCAUAAAUGUAAUAAAACAAUUAAAAAGACAAUACGGACAA